GUCAAAUGGAUGAUGUACUGGAUCAUAUUCGCGCUCUUCACAACAGCAGAGACAUUCACGGAUAUCUUUCUUUGCUGGUUUCCAUUCUACUAUGAACUCAAAAUAGCUUUUGUAGCUUGGCUGCUGUCUCCAUACACGAAAGGCUCCAGCCUCCUGUACAGGAAAUUUGUUCAUCCAACGCUGUCUUCAAAAGAAAAGGAGAUCGAUGACUGCCUCGUCCAGGCAAAAGACCGGAGCUACGAUGCCCUUGUGCACUUUGGGAAGCGAGGGCUGAACGUCGCAGCCACGGCAGCCGUCAUGGCAGCUUCAAAGGUCUCUCAGCUACUUCAUUUACACUUGUAUUUGGACCAGAAAAAAGGGCAG